CAAAUAUUAUUAAAUAAUUUCUCCACGUGUUUCAGAUGGCACUCGUCCGAGAACGCCGCCACAUCAAACUCAGCCUCCCCAUGCCGGAACCCUCCGACCGCCGGUGUCGCUUCCCCAAUCCUCUCCCUCACUCUUCAGUGUCUACCUCAACCGCAGCGUCCUGGUCGAUACUGGACUUCGACAAGCUCCAAGUACUCGGCCAUGGCAACGGGGGAACGGUGUACAAGGUGCGCCACAGGCGGACGAUGACGGUGAACGCCAUGAAGGUUGUGCACGGCAACAGUGACCCCGCCGUCCGCCGCCAGAUCCUCCGCGAGAUUUCGAUCCUGCGCUGCACGGACUCGCCACAAGUGGUCAAGUGCUACGGGACAGUCGAGAUGCCCGGCGGCGACAUCGCGAUUCUGAUGGAGUACAUGGACGGCGGAUCCUUAGAAAGCGUCCUGAAAUCGGAGAAAUCAUUGGCCGAGUGCUCCCUCGCGAAAAUCGCCAAGCAAGUACUAAUCGGCCUAGAUUACCUUCACUCGCACAAAAUUGUUCACAGGGAUCUGAAGCCCUCAAAUCUGCUGGUGAAUCGGGGCGGCGACGUGAAAAUCGCAGAUUUCGGGGUGAGCAAAAUGAUGCGCCGGACGCUGGACCCCUGCAACUCCUUCGUCGGCACCUGUGCUUACAUGAGCCCGGAGAGAUUCGACCCGGAGACCUACGGCGCAAACUACGACGCGUACGCCGGGGACAUCUGGAGCUUGGGGCUGACUCUGAUGGAGCUGUAUACGGGCCACUUUCCCCUGCUGCAGCCUGAGCAGAGACCCGAUUGGGCCACGCUAAUGUGCUCUAUAUGCUUUGGGGAGCCACCGAGUUUGCCGGAGGGAGCUUCCGGUGAGUUCAGAGAUUUCAUGGAUCGGUGCUUGCAGAAGGAGUGGAGUCAACGGUGGAACGCACAGCAAUUGUUGCAACAUCCGUUCAUGUGGGAUAUGUAGUGAAUUGAACGGCAAAGAGAACAUAAAUGUCUGGUGUACUAAAAUUUGUACAGAACGG